GAGUGCCGCGCGCGGUGAAAGAGCGGGAAGGGCGGUUGGAGAGGGAGGAGCGAGCGGUUACUCACUCCAUGGCGGCGGGAAGGAGAGGCGGCGGCGGCCUCUGCUGAAGAGAGAAGCGGGAGCGGAAAGCGCAGGCGCGGAAGAAAACAGAUGCACUUCCUUGCCAGCCCAGACAAAGGGCCCUCUUCUUAAGUUCUUCAUUAAUUAGUAUGAAGACCUACCUGUGGUGACUAAAUUUGGAAUCAGAGGCUUUUAAAGGACCUGGUAUCUCUGAUCUGACAAGGGACUCAGGACAAAGCCACCACCUUUCACCCCGGUUCUGUACAUGCUCAAUGAUGACUUCUGUCCCGGGCUAACCAGGAGGGCCAUGGGUGCUAAGAGAGCCCCCCAGAGCCAGCCAUGCAACGCCGCCUUCCACCUGCGGAUCAUGGCCCAGGCCCCGCUGGCCCUGCGCUUCCUCGCCCUCGUCCCCGCCCUUCUCAGCCUGGCGGCGUCCCUGGACUGGAAAGCAUUCCCCAACCAGGACCCAUUCGAGAAGUGUACGCAUGAUCCGGACUAUGACCAGCUGCUCAAGGUGGUGACCUUGGGCCUGAACCGGACCUCAAAGCCCCAGAAGGUGAUUGUGGUUGGGGCUGGCGUGGCCGGGCUGGUAGCCGCCAAGGUGCUCAGCGAUGCCGGGCACAAGGUCACCGUCCUGGAGGCAGAUAGCAGGAUCGGGGGCCGCAUCUUCACCUUCCGGGACCCGAAGACGGGCUGGAUUGGGGAGCUGGGAGCCAUGCGCAUGCCCAGCACCCACAGGAUCCUCCACGAGCUCUGCAGGAGCCUGGGGCUCAACCUCACCAAGUUCACGCAGUACGACGAGAACACGUGGAUCGAGGCGAACGGCGUGAAGCUGAGGUACUACGUGGUGGAGAAGAUGCCAGAGAAGCUGGGCUACGCUCUGUGGCCCCGGGAGAAGGGCCGCUCGCCCGAGGAGAUCUACCAGAUGGCUCUCAACAGGGCUGUCAGAGAUCUCAAGAAGCUGGGCUGCAAGCAGGCCAUGAAGAAGUUUGAGAGGUACACGCUCCUGGGCUACCUGCUCGGGGAGGGGAACCUGAGCCAGCCGGCCACGCGGCUCCUGGGAGACGUGCUGUCCCACGACGGCUUCUUCUACCUCAGCUUCGCCGAGGCUCUGCGCGCCCACAGCUGCCUCAGCGACCGGCUCCGGUACAACCGCAUCGUGGGCGGCUGGGACCUGCUGCCCCGCGCGCUGCUGAGCUCGCUGUCGGGGCCGGUUCUGCUGCACGCGCCGGUCGUGGCUGUGAAGCAGGGGCAGCACGACGUGCAGGUGCACAUCUCGACCGCGCUGGGGAACCGGAGGCUGAAGUCGCUGACGGCCGACGUGGUGCUGCUGACGGUGACCGGGCCGGCGCUGCAGCGCAUGCUGUUCUGGCCGCCGUUGACGCGCGGGCGGCAGGAGGCGCUGCACGGGCUGCACUACGUGCCGGCCACCAAGGUGUUCCUGAGCUUCCGCCGGCCCUUCUGGCACGACGAGCACAUCGAGGGCGGCCACUCGAGCACCGACCGCCCGUCGCGCGCCAUCUUCUACCCGCCGCCCGGCGAGGGCGCGCUGCUGCUGGCCUCGUACACGUGGUCGGACUCGGCGGCCGCGUUCGCGGGCCUGAGCCAGGAGGAUACGCUGCGCGUGGCGCUGGACGACGUGGCCGAGCUGCACGGGCCGCUCGUGUACCGGCUCUGGGACGGCACCGGCGUCGUCAAGCGCUGGGCUGAGGACCCGCACAGCCAGGGCGGCUUCGUGGUGCAGCCGCCGACCCUCGCGCACGUCCAGGACAAGGCGAACUUCGACUGGGCGGACCCCUACGGCCGCAUCUACUUCGCCGGCGAGCACACGGCGCUCCCGCACGGCUGGGUGGAGACGGCCGUCAAGUCGGCGCUGCGGGCCGCGAUUAAGAUAAACAACCGGCGAGCCGCCCCGCUCCCGGCCGGCCAACUGUGGGCCACCCCGAAGGAAGAGGUCAACCAGCCCCCAGUCCACCACCUGGUGCUCUUGCCCACCACCCGCAAGAAGGGCGUGCAUUAAAGUAUUUUUGGAAAAAAGCCA